AUGGACUUUGACAUGGACGUGGACCUGUUUGGCGAUAACGACGGGAACGACGGGAACGACGCGCAGGACUACUCGGUGUACGAGAGCGCUGACGAGAAGUCUCGGAUCAAGACGUCUUCGCCGGGGGAAGCUGAGGAUGCACAUGAGGAUGCUGGUGAUGCCGCUGGUGAUACCGCUGGUGAUGCCGCUGGUGAUGCGCCAGGUAUACUAGAUUUUGAGCCAGAGCACAAAGUAUCGGAACAGGAAUCUGAGGCACCUGAAAAAGAGGCUGUGGAUGUAACAGAAAUGGAAGCACAAGAACCGGCAGAUGUGACAGAACCUGUAUCAUCUAUAUCACAACCCACUGAGGUUAAGUCAGACACAGACCCUAACAAAGAUAAGACCGAUGCGGAACAACCAAUCGAAGACAAUCUAAAAGCAGAACAACUUACAGAUGAUAAACAAGAACUAGAACAACCAAUCGAAGAAAAGCUAGACGCAGAACAGUCAAUCGAAGACAAUCUAAACUCAGAACAACCUACGGAUGAUAAACAAGAAGUAGAACAACCAAUCGAAGACAGUCUAAACGCAGAACAACCUGCUGAAAAUAAACCAGAAGUAGAACGGCCUACUGAAGACAAGCAGGACUCAGAACAACCUAACGAUAAUAAAUCAGAUGUAGAAUUACAAGAUGAUGCUACAGAAUUGCCAACUGGUCGAGAGAUUUCUAAUGAACAACCAAUUGAAGAUAGGGCUGAUGAACAACCAAAUGAGGAAAGGGUCUCUGGUGAUGACGGAAAUGAAUUUAAGGCUUCCGAUGAGUUACCAAAUGAGGAAAAAGUUUCAGAUGAUUCAAUAAUUCAGGAAAAAGCUUCUGAUCAACAAAUUACAGAAGGAAUUGUCUCUGAUCAACAAAUUUCCAAGGACAAACCUACUGAUGAGCAAGCUCAGGACGAGAUUACCGAUGGACAACUCCAGUCCAAAGUUACUGAUGACCAAAUAAGUCAAGACAUGACUUCCUCUGAACAGCCAUCCCUUGGACAUGUAUCACAUGAGCAGCAUAUUGAUGGGCCAGCUUCCACUCAACUACCCACUAAAGAAGAUAUAACUCAAGAGCACACUAACGAAAGUACUUCUCAUGUACACGGCAUCACAUCCAAUGAGCAGCCUAAAGAGCAUUCACCCACAGAGGAAUUACCUACUCUAGAGAUAUCUAAUGGAUUGCCCAUUGAAAAGCCCUCUGAUGAAAAACUCUCAGGUGAAAACCCUGUUGAUGAAAUACCUGGGCAGGAUAAAAAUGUACAAGACCAUACUACAGAAGAUGUCAAGAUGCAGGAUGGAAUAGAGUCACCAAAUGAUUUAUUAAAAGAAGAAAAGGAUGAAGCACAGUUAACAGGGUCUCCGGCCACUGAAGGAGAACAGGCAUCAAAUGAUUCAGAAUAUGCUUUAAUCCAGACACAUGAAAUUGUGAUACCAAGUUAUUCCAAAUGGUUUGACUUAAGAAAGAUACAUGAGAUUGAAAAGAAGUCCCUGCCAGAGUUUUUCACUAACAGGAUUCCUUCCAAAACUCCUCAAGUAUAUUUAAAGUACAGAAACUUCAUGGUAAAUGCAUAUAGAUUGAAUCCAAAUGAAUAUUUUACGGUGACAGCUGCAAGAAGAAAUGUUUCUGGUGAUGCUGCUGCGUUGUUCAGAAUACACAAAUUUUUAACUAAGUGGGGUAUUAUAAACUAUCAGGUGGAUGCUAAAGUAUUACCCAAGAAUGUUGAACCUCCUUUUACUGGUGAUUACUCUACGAGACAUGAUGCUCCUCGUGGAUUGUUCCCAUUCGAAAGUUAUAAACCAUCUGUUCAACUACCAGAUAUGGCAAAGUUGAAGAAGAUGAUGGAUGUGAAUGACUCAGAAAGUGCACUGUACAGAUAUCUAAAAGAAGAGAAAAGAAAAUUUAUAGAAGGCAAAAUCGAAAAUAGUGUGCACCACAAACAACAUACAAAGACUGAGGUGAAGAAAGAGAAUCAAGAUGAAAAAAAUACAGAAUCUACAGAACAACAAACAGCUCCGGCUCACCAUGAGGGCCAAGAACGUAGUAGUUUAAAAAGGUCUAGUGAGGCAAUCUUCAAUGAAGAGCAUAAGUUGAAGAAACCAAAGAUUUUGGAUCACACAGACGAGGAAUGGAGCAGAGAAGAUUUGCAAAAACUACUGGAUGGUAUGCAAAAACAUGGUGUAGAUUGGUACAAAGUGGCUUCUGAGAUUGGUAAUAAAACACCAGAACAAUGUAUUCUCAAGUUCCUUCAGCUACCUAUCGAAGACAAAUUUUUAUACAACGGUGAAGGUGGUAAAGAUUUGGGCCCUAUCAAAUUUGCUCCUCAUUUGCCUUUCUCUAAGAGUGAGAACCCUAUCUUAUCGACAAUUGCAUUUUUAGUAGGUAUGGUUGAUCCUCAGAUAGUGAAGAAUAUGACCAGCAGAGCUAUACAACGGAUUGAAGACGUUCAUGAACAGAAUCUAAAAAAUACGAAGAGUGACGCAAAAGAAGGCUCUGAGAUUGCCAUUGCAUCCCUGGGCGUACGCUCUGGUGUUUAUGCCAACAAUGAGGAGAAACAUUUACACGCUCUCUCCCAUGAAUUAGUACAAAUCCAAUUACAAAAACUAGAUUCUAACCUAGAAUUACUAAAUCAAAUGGAGAAGAGUUUUGAUCUUGAAAAGAGAAUGUUGGAGAAACAACAGGAGUCCUUACUUCUGCAGAGACUCCAGAUAGCCAAGAAUGCGAGAUCGGUCAUGGAGAUAGCGACCAAGAUUCUAGAAGAUGCAGAUGAUAAGGAGGCUCUAAAGAAGGAUCUAGAAGUAAUCAGGGACCAUGUAAUGGACCCACCUACGCCAUCUUUGGCUACGCCAGGUGAUUCAAAGUCAUCUACAGAGCCUAAGGAGGUCAAACCGGUAUCCAUCGAAGUACCACAGUACUACAGAUACUGGUCAGCAUAA